CUCUCCACCACUGAAAUGAAAAGGCAAAAUCAAAGCUCUGUGGUUGAAUUCAUCCUCUUGGGCUUUUCUAACUUUCCUGAACUCCAAGAGCAGCUCUUUGGGGUUUUCUUGGUUGUUUACCUAGGGACUCUGAUGGGAAAUGCCAUCAUUAUAGUCACCAUCUCCCUGGAACAGAGCCUCCACGUUCCCAUGUACCUGUUCCUGCAGAACCUGUCUGUGGUGGAUGUGAGUUUCAGUGCAGUCAUUAUGCCUGAAAUGCUGGUGGUCCUCUCCACUGAAAAAACGUUAAUUACUUUUGCAGAAUGUUUUGCACAGAUGUAUUUUAUUCUUUUUUUUGGUGGGACUGAAUGUUUUCUCCUGGGGGCGAUGGCUUAUGACCGAUUUGCUGCAAUCUGCCAUCCUCUGAGCUACCCAAUGAUUAUGAACAAAAGGGUUUUCAUGAAAUUACUUAUAAUUUCAUGGCUCUUAGGUUUUAUGUUAGGUACUGUGCAGACCACAUGGGUUUUCAGUUUUCCCUUCUGUGGCCCCAAUGAAAUCAAUCACAUCUCUUGUGAAACCCCAGCAGUGCUAGAACUUGCAUGCGCAGACACCUUUCUGUUUGAAAUCUAUGCGUUCACUGGCACUGUUUUGAUUAUCAUGGUUCCUUUCGUGUUGAUCCUCUUGUCUUAUGUUCGGAUUCUCUUUGCCAUCCUGAAGAUGCCAUCGGCCACUGGGAGGCAAAAGGCCUUUUCCACCUGUGCCUCCCAUCUCACAUCUGUGACCCUCUUCUAUGGCACAGCAAGUAUGACUUAUUUACAACCCAAAUCUGGCUAUUCCCCAGAAACCAAGAAGGUGAUGUCAUUGUCCUACUCACUUCUUACACCUCUGUUGAAUCCACUGAUCUACAGCUUGAGAAACAGUGAGAUGAAAAGAGCUUUGAUGAAAUUGUGGCGAAGAAAGGUGGAUUCACAUAUAUUCUGA